AAAUUGCUUUAUCGAAGGUCUUUAUUACUUUUGCUGGAGGAACUUUCCGACUUUUUACGCUUCAAUUUGAAGCUCACAUAAUUAAAUUUCAGUAUUUUACUAAAAUUUAUUGAAAGCGCGGAAAAUUUGAAAACGUUCGAGGGAAACCAAAGCUUUUUCUCUUAUUCAGUUUUAAUUUAAACUGAAUAUAAAGAGCUCAUAACGAAACAUCGCUUAAUUCAAUUAAUCACAAAUCAUACAUAAAAUGGAGGGCGAUAAAUCUACAACAAUUCUUAUGGCUCGUGAUAUCUCUAAAGAAGAAUCCAUUGUUGAUGCUGGUAUUUCGAUGGGAAAUGCAACAGAAUCCACCUCUGAUUUGGAAUCGCCUGUGCACUCGUGUGUUGAAUCAAUUCUACGUAGCGAUGGUGAUGACGACGAUGAAGAUCUAAUUUUCCAGGAGGUCAAAAUGAUAUUGCGUAAACGCAGAGGUUGGGGACCCGAAGAUUCACUAAGCGCUAACGACUUGGAUUUGCUUGAGUAUGACGACGAGUUGGUGGAGGAAGAUGAUGCUGGCUGUCCCUUGCCCUCUACACCCGAGGAUACACAACUGAUUGAAGCAGAGAUGACCGAGGUUUUGAAAGCGGGCGUCUUAUCGGAUGAGAUCGAUUUGGGUGCAUUAGCCCACAACGCCGCUGAACAAGCAGAAGAAUUCGUGCGCAAGGUUUGGGAGGCUAGUUGGAUGGUAUGCCAUUAUAAAAAUUUACCUAAAUGGCUGCAGGACAAUGACUUUCUACACCGCGGUCAUCGCCCACCACUGCCCUCGUUCAGUGCCUGCUUCAAAUCGAUAUUCCGUGUACACACCGAAACCGGCAACAUCUGGACACAUUUGCUAGGCUGCGUGGCGUUCAUUGGUGUUGCGCUGUACUUUUUGUCGCGUCCAUCAGUUGAAAUACAAAUACAAGAGAAAAUCAUAUUUGGCGCUUUCUUUGCCGGUGCCAUCAUUUGCCUGGGUUUCUCAUUCGCUUUUCACACGCUUAGCUGUCACUCGGUAGAGAUUGGAAGACUGUUUUCAAAAUUAGAUUACUGUGGAAUUGCACUGCUGAUUAUGGGCUCGUUUGUGCCCUGGUUGUAUUACGGAUUCUACUGUCAUUACCAACCCAAAGUUAUCUAUUUAUCUGUGGUAUGCGUAUUGGGCUCACUAUCGAUUAUUGUCUCGCUGUGGGAUAAAUUCUCUGAACCUGGCCUGCGACCAUUACGUGCCGGUGUCUUCAUGAGUUUCGGCCUCUCGGGUAUCAUACCAGCUAUUCAUUAUAGUCUGAUGGAGGGUUGGUUUAGUAAAAUCAGUCAAGCUAGUUUGGGUUGGCUAAUACUGAUGGGCCUCCUUUAUAUACUUGGUGCAAUGUUAUAUGCCUUACGUGUGCCGGAGAGAUGGUUUCCGGGCAAAUUUGAUAUAUGGUUCCAAUCGCAUCAAUUGUUCCAUAUACUCGUCAUUGCGGCUGCGUUUGUGCACUAUCACGGCAUAUCCGAGAUGGCAAUGUAUCGCGUAACGGUGGGCGAAUGCACGGUACCUCACGAACCAAUCACGUUCUAAGAGAAAAGCUAGUUAUUUAUGCUAAAACUGUUGGUUUAUUUAUCCAUUAUUUGUUUUGGCUGCGAAUGUUUGCAUAAAAAAAUUAAAGUUUAUGAACAAAAGGCAGAAGUCGAAAGUUUAAAUUUAAACAUUAGUAUCAUUUAUAAUUUUAUGUUAUAAUUAAAAACUAAAAUAUGGCGAGAUAUAAAAAUAGAAAAAUAAAUAUAAACAAACACAUUUUCAUAUCUAUUGGGACGAAAUUGCAUAGUCCACUUAGUAGAAAGAAGCUAACUGUUAACGGCAUAAAGUUAUUGAAAAAUUGUAA